GCAUGGCGGGGGCCAGGGCGCCGCUGCUCCCGCUGCUCCCGCUGCUCCCGCUGCUCCCGCUGCUGCUGCCGCUCGGGAUCCUGGCGCUGGCCGGGCGCGGCGGAGAGGUCUCCGGAGCGCGCCCUAGGCUGGCUGGCACUCUUGACUAUGGGCAGCGAGCAUCGUCCCACUCCCUGGUCCCUGCUGAGACCCUGGAGGAGAGGCUGGAGCAGCUGGAGGCCGAGGUGACUGACCUCAGAAAGCAGAACAGGGACUUGCGAGCCAGGGUGCUGCAGCUGGAGUCCUGUGAGUGCCAGGGGCCGGGUCGCUCCUGUCCCGAAGGAGCUCGCUGGGAGCCGGAUGCUUGCCUGGCCUGCGUGUGCCGUGACGGGGCCUCACACUGCAGCCCCCGGCCCGACCUGCCCCACUGCCGAGGCUGCAGCCACCAUGGCCAGUCUUACGGUCCCGGGGAGACCUUCUCCCCAGAUGCCUGCACCACCUGCCGCUGUCUGGAGGGAACUGUGCAGUGCCGGGGGCCUUCAUGCCCUGAGCUCAACUGUCUGGACAGCUUCACCCCACCUGGAGAAUGCUGCCCCAUCUGCCGGCCAGGCUGUGAGUAUGAAGGACAGCUGUACGAGGAAGGGGCCAGCUUCCUGUCCAGCUCCAACCCAUGCCUCCAGUGCUCCUGUCUGAGGAGCCUGGUCCGGUGUGUGCCUGUGAGCUGCCCGCCAAGCCCCUGCCCCGAGCCAGUCCGGAGGCCUGGGCACUGCUGCCCAGCCUGCCACGCCUCAGGCUGCACAGAAGGUAACUCUCACAGGGACCAUGGCCAAGAGUGGACCGCUCCUGGAGACCCCUGCCGAAUCUGCCAGUGCCUGGAGGGCCACAUCCAGUGCCGCCAGCGGGAGUGUGCCAGCCUGUGUCCGUAUCCUGCCAGGCCCCUUCCUGGCACCUGCUGCCCGGUGUGUGACGGCUGCUUCCUAAAUGGGCGGGAGCACAGCAGCGGGGAGCCUGUGGGGUCCCAGGACCCCUGUUCCCGCUGCCACUGCGCUAACGGGAGCAUCCAGUGUGAGCCUCUGCCCUGCCCACCCGCACCCUGCAGAUCCCCGGGCAGGAUUCCCGGGCAGUGCUGCCCCGCCUGUGAUGGCUGUAACUACCAGGGACACGAAUAUCGGAGCCAGGAGAGCUUCACCCUCCAAGAGAGCGGCCGCUGCCUUCGGUGCCUCUGCCAGGCCGGAGAAGUAUCCUGUGAGGAGCAGGCCUGCCCGGUGGCCCCCUGUGCCCGCCCUGCGUCUGGCCCCCAGCUCUGCCCAGCCUGCGUGCUCAAUGGUGAGGAGUUCGAGGAGGGCGCCCAGUGGGAGCCAGAUGGACAGCCCUGUACUGCCUGCUCCUGCCGCCAUGGGGUGCCUGAGUGCGGGCCCGUGCCCUGCCCGCCGGCGCCCUGCCAGCACCCCACCCAGCCGCCUGGUGCCUGCUGUCCCAGCUGCCAGGGCUGUGCCUACCGAGGCCUGGUGUAUGCCAACGGGCAGAACUUCACAGAUGUGGACAGCCCUUGUCACGCCUGCCGCUGCGAGGGCGGGACUGUGAGGUGUUCGCUGGUCAACUGUCCUUCCACAACCUGUGCCACGCCCCAGAAGGGACCAGGCCAGUGCUGCCCCAGGUGCCCAGACUGAGUCGUGGAGACUCUGGUGUUUGUGGAUGGGGAGCGCUUCCCUCACCCGAGAGACCCGUGCCAGGAGUGCCGGUGCCAGGAAGGCCAAGCUCGCUGCCAGCCUCGAGCCUGCCCCAGCGCCCGCUGUGGGCACCCCCUGUCCAGCACCUGCUGCAGGGCCGACUGCACAGGCUGCGCCUUUGGAGGGAAGGAGUACCCCAACGGAGCGGACUUCCCGCACCCCACCGACCCGUGCCGCUGGUGUCGCUGCCUGGUGAGUGGGGGGGGAGGGCCUCCUCGUGCCAGCCCCGCGGCUCCAUCUGUCCGUCCCCCGCAGGGCGGCACCGUCCAGUGCCUGGCUCGCCGCUGCCCGCCGCUGCCCUGUGCCGAGCCGGCCCUGCCUCCGGGAGAGUGCUGCCCGCAGUGCCCAGAUGCCCCUGCUGACUGCCCGCGGCCGGGGGACACGGCCCCCGACGACCCCUGCAGCCGCUGCCUCUGCCUGGACGGCGCCGUGGCCUGCCAGCGACUGCCGUGCCCCCCCGCGCCCUGCGCGCACCCGCGCCGCCGCUGCUGCCCCUCCUGCGACGGCUGCCUGUACCAGGGGACGGAGUUUGCCAGCGGGGAGCGCUUCCCGGCCCCCAGCGCCACGUGCCACGUGUGCCUCUGCUGGGAGGGCAGCGUUAGCUGCGAGCCCAAGGCGUGUGCCCCCGCGCAUUGCCCCUUUCCCGCCAAGGAAGACUGCUGCCCUGCCUGUGAUGGCUGUGAGUAUCUGGGGGUGUCCUACCUGAGCAGCCAGGAGUUCCCCGACCCCCGGGAACCCUGCAGCCUGUGCACCUGCCUUGGAGGCUUCGUGACUUGCACCCGCCGGCCCUGUGAGCCUCCAGGAUGCAGCCACCCGGUCACUGUGCCCGGGCACUGCUGCCCGACCUGCCAGGGGUGCCUGUACCACGGGGUGGCUUUGGCCCUCGGAGAGAGCCUUCCUGACCCUCUUGACCCCGCCUGCUCUGUCUGCACUUGUGAGGAAGGCUCCAUGCGCUGUGGAAAGAAGCCGUGUCCUCCGGCUCUCUGCACAUGGCCCUCCCCAGGCCCCUGCCUCUGCCCUGUCUGUCGCGGCUGCCUCUUCCAAGGCCGGGAGCACCCGGAUGGGGAGGAGUUUGAGGGACCCGAGGGCAGCUGCCAGCGCUGCCGCUGCUGGGCUGGCCACGUGAGCUGCGCCAGGCUUCAGUGCCCGCCUCUGCCCUGCUUGCUUCAGGCCACCGAGCCAGGGACCUGCUGUCCUCGGUGCACAGGCUGUGAGCACGAGGGCAGGAAGUACGAGCCUGGGGAGAGCUUCCAGCCGGGGGCAGAGCCCUGCGAAGUGUGCCUCUGCGAGCUGCAGCCCGAGGGGACCCCCAGCCUUCGCUGCCGCCGGCGGCAGUGCCCCAGUCUGCUGGGCUGCCCGCCAGGCCAGCUUGUCCCGGCCGGCCCCGGGCACUGCUGCCCCACCUGCGUGGAGGCUCUGAGGAACUGCACGGAGGACCUGCGGGGGUCUGAGCUGCUGCCAGGGGACCCCUGCUACACCUGCCGGUGUCAGGACCUGACAUGGCUCUGCACGCACCGGGCCUGUCCUGAGCUCAGCUGUCCCCUGUGGGAGCGACACACAGCCCCUGGCAGCUGCUGCCCCGUGUGUAAGGGCUCCGAGCAGUGGUGCGCGCACCAGCGCCGCCGCGUGGCCUCCGGGGAGCGCUGGGCCGUGGACGCCUGCACCCGCUGCUCCUGCGCGGCGGGGGCGGUGCGCUGCGAGAGCCGGCGCUGCGGGGAGCUCGCGUGCGGCCCGGACGAGGCCCCCGCGCUGAGCCCCGGCCGCUGCUGCCCCCGCUGCGUGCCCCGGCCGGCCUCCUGCCUGGCCUUCGGAGGCUCCCACUACCGCACCUUCGACGGCCGCCUGCUGCACUUCCGGGGCGGCUGCAGCUACGUGCUGGCGCGGGACUGCGGGGGCCAGGACUUCAGUGUGCACGUGACCAACGACGCCCGCGGCCGCAGCGGCGUGGCCCGGACCCAGGAGGUGGCGGUGCUGCUGGGCAGCCUGGCCGUGCGGCUGCUGCCGGGCCCGGCGGUCACGGUGGACGGGCUCGCCGUGGCCCUGCCCUUCCUCCGGGAGCCGCUGCUCUACGUCGAGCGCCGAGGCCGCACGGUGACCCUGCACGCCCAGCCUGGCCUCCAGGUGCUGUGGGACGGGCAGGCCCAGGUGGAGGUGCGGGUCCCCGGCUCCUACCGCGGCCGCGCCUGCGGGCUGUGUGGGAACUUCAACGGCCUGGCCCAGGACGACCUGCAGGGCCCCGACGGGAGGCCCCGGCGCUCGGAGGCCGCCUUCGGGAACAGCUGGAAGGUCCCCGAGGGCCCGGGGCCCGGGCGGCCUUGCCCGGCGGGCCGGGAGGUGGACCCGUGCCGGGCCGCCGGCUACCGCGCCCGGCGCGAGGCCAACGCGCGCUGCGGGGCGCUCAAGGGCCCGCCGUUCCGUCGCUGCCACGCCGUGCUGCCGCCGGAGCCCUUCUUCGCCGCCUGCGGCCCGGGGCCCGCGGCCGGCGCCUGCCUGGGCGCCGCCCUGGGCGCCUACGCCGGCCUGUGCCGCCAGGCGGGCGCCGCCCCCGAGGGGAGGACCCCGGCGCCCUGCGUGCCGGGCUGCCCCGCGGACCGCGGCUUCGUGUUCGCCGAGUGUGGACCGCCCUGUCCCCUAACCUGCUUCAACCGGCACCUGGCCCCGGGGGAGCUGGCGGCCCAGUGCGCGAGGCCCUGCGUGCCCGGCUGCCAGUGCCCCGCGGGCCUGCUGGAGCACGAGGGCCACUGCGUCCCGCCGGAGGCCUGCCCGCCCGUCCUGCUGGCCGGAGACUAGCCGCCGCCCCAGGAGCCACGCCCGGGGCCCGGGGAGCGGGGCCGGCCUCCCCGCCGCGCGGGAAUAAACGCCACUUUGCCCGCCA